AUCCAAUCCACGACAUGCAAAACUCAAUGAGCUGUCAACUAAAUGACGUCAUAGCGACUCCCAUGUAUGCCAUAUCUCGCUAGUUUCACUUUAGACAGGAUACUUGAAGCAGGUAGUGUUUUUACCAUGGCUAGUAACACUGAGUUACAGUCUGGAUACGACUAUUAAUUUGUCGUACAAGUACAUGAAGACUACAUUUGUAGUAUUUGUCAUCUUGCAAUGCGAAAACCCGUACAGACAAAAUGUGGACAUCGAUUUUGUAAGGAUUGUUUGGACGCAGCCUUAGAAAGAAAGCCAAAAUGUCCUCUGGACAAUGAGUCCUUGAGUUCACAGCAAAUAUUCGAAGAUGUAGCAACAGAACGACAAAUUCUUUCACUCGAAAUGAAGUGUCCGAACCAUUGUGAUUGGCAGGGAGAACUGAGAUAUGUCCAGACUCAUGAUGAGAAAUGUCCGCUGACCAUUGUACCCUGCAGUUACGUCAGUAUUGGAUGCAAUUUUAAGGGACCACGAAGAUCUUUAAGCGAUCAUUAUAAAAACAACCUGGUAGAACAUCAUGACAUCACCACACAACAACUAUUGACCCUUCAAGAUGAAAACAUUGAACUCAAGAAACAAGUUUUGGAACUCAAGGCGUCUAGCACUGAAAGCAUUAGUGAUCUCAAGAAACAAGUUUUGGAACUCAAGGCGUCUAGCAUUGCACUGAUACCCAAAGAUUACAAUUCACGCAAUAGUUACACAUGGAAAAUCAACGAUUUCUGAAGAGUUCUCUACCGGCCACUAAGGCCUGGACACUAGUUAGAUACCGCUGACCGGCUCAGUAGGAGCGGCCAUCUUGUUUACGUUAAUAUUGCGUUUUAUUACACGACUAUAAUACAUGACUAUUCAGCACUAGCAUAUCUUUAUUCAUGUAAGUUAUCCA